UCAAGCUGACACUGUGGUUUUUGAACCACAAGACCACAGUUCCCCUGAUUACAAAUAUGUUGAGAAAGAAGAUGUGCCACAACGUUUAUCCACAGUACAACCUGGACAGAUUGUGAUAUCUGAUACAGAGGAUCUCGAUCCACUUGAAAAAAACAAUCAAGUCACAACUCCUUAUAGCAAAUACUCUGAAAUGUGUGCACCCUGUAUUGAGGAGGAUGAUGAGGAACUGGUUGAAGUUGCUUCAACAAAUGUACAGCACACAGCAAAGGAAGAUUUAAACAUUACUCUACCUGACAUCAUUGCAAACCUGUCCCACACUAUUGAUCAUGGAAGAGUCAGCAGAUUCAACAUCUCAAGGGCAAAUGUUUGGGAUGGAGCAAUUAGAGGUUUCAGGCGUUCAUCAUACUCUGAAACCUGUGACAUGCUAGUAAAAUUUACUGAUGAUGCUGGAGUUUUUGAAGAAGGACUUGACACAGGUGGCCCAAAGCGGGAAUUUUUGAGCCUGCUUAUGAAACAUCUGAAAGAUCGUCCCAUCUUUGAUGGACCAGAAGGACAUCGGUUCUUGGUGUACAAUGCAAAUGCUGUUAGGGAGGAUGAAUACUUCUUGGCAGGAAAGAUGAUUGCAGUGUCAGUUGUGCACGGAGGUCCAGGACCCCAUUUCCUGUCAGAAGAUCUGGUACAUUAUCUCGCAGGACAGGCUUCAUUCAAAGCAACAGUUGCUUCAGUAACUGAUGAGGGUAUAGGGAAAGCUUUACAAGAGAUUGAGAAUGCUGCUUCAGUGGAUGUCCUGCGUGAAUGUGUCAUUCGACACAGCACUAUGCUGCAGACAGCAGGUUGUCUGCGACAUGUUUCCUCUGUUGAGGAAAAGAAAGACAUUGUGUCCGACUAUCUCCGAUGGUACAUUAUUGACCGCAACUCAUCUGCACUUGACAGAUUUAAAGAUGGUCUUUCAGCACUGCACUUUUUGGAUGUGCUUCAGCAACAUCCCACCAUGCUGUCCCCAGUCCUGUGCCACAUUGAAAAGAAGCUCACAGCUCUUGAGCUAGAGCAACUUUUCAAACCUAACUUCAGUCCAGUCGGGAGUAACAGGAGACUUCUAGAGAGUCAAACUAUGGGCUACUGGGCAGAUUAUCUCCUUGACUGUGAAGAAGGCCAGGCUGCUGUGUCUGUGGAGGAUGUUUUGAUGUUUGCAACUGGGCUGACAUCACUUCCCCCUUCUGGAUUGGACCCACUGCCAAAACUACACUUCCUGGAUGACUCUCGAUUCCCAAUGGCUAAUACAUGCCUGAACACAUUGAAACUGCCACUGAUAGAUUCAUACCCUGUGUUUAAAACACAAAUGGACUUUGGCAUUCAGAAUUCUCCAGGGUUUGGCUGUUUCUAAGUCAUGUGACUAGAUAACCCCAGAGAUCAAACUUGUUUGGUUGUACCACUACAGAUGCAGAUUUGUACCCAUAUUUUUCUUUUCUUAUUUGUUAUAUGUUUUGAAUGAGAGAGGGGUGGGGACAUGGUGGUAUCAACGCCAAAAACAAUUUCAGUUUCAAGAGGUCACCCUGACUGUCAACAAGAGCUGCUCUUUAUUUUUUCUAUUCUUUUAGAAGACAACAUUGUAAAUUCAGUUAAUACUGUAAUCGUGCUUCUGAAUUUAAAUAUUACUCAAGGUACAGAUUUAUUUCCUUUAUGUUCUUAAAAUAGUUGCAUGACAAACAUUGAUUUCUUAAAUGUCACUAUUUUUACAUUGGUUUAAAAAGAAAGCUUUUGAAGGAGUAAUAUGUUCUAUAUACUCAUAGCGUAGGCAUAAACAUACAUUACUGUGCAAUACUUUUCUUUUUCAAAUGUUUGGGAAGGUAAUAUUUCUUGAUGUUCGCCCACUUUCUUCAGGUUAACAUUUAAGCAUUACAGUAGACAAGUGCUAAUGCAAAGAAACAGUGAAACUAGCCAAUAUUCAGCUUUUUCAGUUUUCUAAGCAGUUGUUGGUGAUUCACACUGAUUUAGAAUUGAGCAAUUUCUUUCAGCUUUAAGUAAAGUUCUGCAGCAGACUCCCAGUUGUGUGGUGUUUGUAAAUUAUGAUUCUCCAUAACCAUGUCCAUGUACUCCUGUAUAUUUGAGUUCCCACAAGGAGGUAAGCACAGCCUGGACUCAGGGAAAGCAUCCAGCUCAGCUUGAUGAAUGGGGAAUCCACAGUCCCUGGAGCCAUACCUGAGAAAAAUGAAAGACAAAAUAGUGUUGGUAUACAUUCAGGCAUUUAAAAUAAAGAAAAAAAACAAACAAACA